AUGCAGGACAUCCGGGGCGCCUGUCCCGACACACCCAGGGAUGCCGGAGACGGGUGGGGGCCAGGCCUGUGCCGGGGUGAGAUCGAAUUCGGAGGCUCUGGAAAGAAGCGAGGCAAGUUCGUGAAGGUGCCAAGCGGCGUGGCCCCCUCCAUGCUCUUUGACCUCCUGCUGGCUGAGUGGCACCUGCCAGCCCCCAACCUUGUGGUGUCCCUGGCGGGCGAGGAGCGGCCUUUUGCCGUGAAGUCCUGGCUGCGGGACGUGCUGCGCAAAGGGCUGGUGAAGGCAGCUCAGAGCACAGGUGCCUGGAUCCUGACCAGCGCGCUCCGUGUGGGCCUCGCCCGGUACGUUGGGCAGGCUGUGCGCGACCACUCGCUGGCCAGCACGUCCAGCAAGGCCCGUGUGGUGGCCAUCGGCAUGGCCUCGCUGGGCCACGUCCUGCACCGUCAGCUUCUGGACGAUGCCCAGGAGGACCGCCCCGUCCACUACCCCAUGGACGACAGUGGCAGCAGCCAGGGACCCUUCUGCUCCCUGGACAACAACCAUUCCCACUUCAUCCUGGUGGAGCCGGGUCUCUCUGGGGAGGAGGACGAGCCCAUGGAGCUGCGGCUAAGGCUGGAGAAGCACAUUUCGGAGCAGAGGACCGGUUACGGGGGAACCGGCAGCAUCGAGAUCCCAGUCCUCUGUCUGCUGGUCAAUGGUGACCCCAGCACCCUGGAGAGGAUUUCCAGGGCUGUGGACCAUGCUGCCCCGUGGCUGAUCCUGGCGGGCUCUGGGGGCAUUGCCGACGUGCUCGCCACCCUAAUGAACCAGCCCCACCUCCUGGUGCCCCAGGUGGCUGAGAAGCAGUUUAAGGAGAAGUUCCCCAGCGAGCAUUUCUCCUGGGAGGACAUCGUGCACUGGACUGAGCUGCUGCAGAACAUCACCUCCCACCCACACCUGCUCACCGUGCAUGACUUCGAGCAGGAGGGCUCUGAGGAACUGGACACUGUCAUCCUCAAGGCACUGGUGAAAGCCUGCAAGAGCCACAGCCAGGAGGCGCAGGACUACCUGGACGAGCUGAAGCUGGCUGUGGCCUGGGACCGCGUGGACAUCGCCAAGAGCGAGAUCUUCAAUGGGGACGUGGAGUGGAAGUCCUGUGACCUGGAGGAGGUGAUGAUGGACGCACUGGUGAGCAACAAGCCUGAGUUUGUGCGUCUCUUCGUGGACAACGGGGCCGACGUGGCCGACUUCCUGACGUACGGGCGGCUGCAGCAGCUCUACCGCUCCGUGCCCCCCAAGAGCCUGCUCUUCGACCUGCUGCAGCGCAAGCACGAGGAGGGCCGGCUGACGCUGGCCGGCCUGGGUGCCCAGCAGGCCCGGGAGCCGCCCACGGGGCCGCCUGCCUUCUCCCUGCACGAGGUCUCCCGCGUGCUCAAGGACUUUCUGCAUGACGCCUGCCGCGGGCUCUACCAGGCAGUGAGUGGGGCCGGCGGGGGGGCCGGGCGGGGGCGCGGCUGGAGGCUGACAGUCCCUGUCCUCCAGGAGAGGGGGCCAGCCAGGCGGCCUGCGGGCCAGAAGUGGCUGCUGGACCUGAACCAGAGGAGUGAGAACCCCUGGAGGGACCUGUUCCUGUGGGCUGUGCUGCAGAACCGCCACGAGAUGGCCACCUACUUCUGGGCCAUGGGUCAGGAGGGUGUGGCAGCCGCUCUGGCCGCCUGCAAGAUCCUCAAAGAGAUGUCCCAUCUGGAGACGAAGGCAGAGGUGGGCCGCACCAUGCGCGAGGCCAAGUAUGAGCAGCUGGCCCUGGGCCUCUUCUCUGAGUGCUACAGCAACAGCGAGGACCGCGCCUUCGCCCUGCUGGUGCGCCGAAACCGCUGCUGGAGCAGGACCACCUGUCUGCAUCUGGCCACCGAGGCCGACACCAAGGCCUUCUUUGCCCACGAUGGAGUGCAGGCCUUCCUGACCAAGAUCUGGUGGGGGGACAUGGCCUCGGACACACCCAUCCUACGCCUGCUGGGCGCCUUCCUCUGCCCGGCCCUCGUCUACACCAACCUCAUCACCUUCAGUGAGGAGGCCCCGCCGAGGAAGGGCUCAGAGGACCUGCAGGAGCUGGACAGCCUGGACGCAGAGAAGAGCCUGCUCCGCAGGCCGCGCAGCUGGGCGGAGGAGCCGGCUGAGGCACCGAGCACUCGGGGCGACAGAGGCCUGCGUGCGGCCUUCCUGCUCACGCGCUGGCGGAGGUUCUGGGGUGCGCCUGUGACCGUGUUCCUGGGGAAUGUGGUCAUGUACUUUGCGUUCCUCUUCCUGUUCACCUAUGUCCUGCUGGUGGACUUCAGGCCACCUCCCCAGGGGCCAUCGGGGCCUGAGGUCACCCUCUACUUCUGGGUCUUUACGCUGGUGCUGGAGGAAAUCCGGCAGGGCUUCUUCACAGACGAGGACACACACCUGGUGAAGAAGUUCACACUCUACGUGGAGGACAACUGGAACAAGUGUGACAUGGUGGCCAUCUUUCUGUUCGUCCUUGGUGUCACCUGCAGGAUGCUGCCCUCCGUAUUUGAGGCCGGCCGCACGGUCCUUGCCAUGGACUUCAUGGUGUUCACGCUCCGGCUUAUCCACAUCUUCGCCAUCCACAAACAGCUAGGCCCCAAGAUCAUCAUCGUGGGGCGGAUGGUGAAGGACGUCUUUUUCUUCCUCUUCUUCCUGAGCGUGUGGCUCGUGGCCUACGGCGUGACCACGCAGGCGCUGCUGCACCCCCACGACAGCCGCCUGGAGUGGAUCUUCCGCCGUGUGCUCUACCGGCCCUACCUGCAGAUCUUCGGGCAGAUCCCGCUGGACGAGAUUGACGAAGCCCGCGUGAACUGUUCCGUGCACCCGCUGCUGCUGGAGGACUCGCCCUCCUGCCCCAACCUCUAUGCCAACUGGCUGGUCAUCCUCCUGCUGGUCACUUUCCUGCUGGUCACCAAUGUACUGCUCAUGAACCUGCUCAUCGCCAUGUUCAGCUACACGUUCCAGGUCGUGCAGGGCAAUGCCGACAUGUUCUGGAAGUUCCAGCGCUACCAUCUCAUCGUGGAGUACCAUGAACGUCCUGCCCUGGCGCCGCCCUUUAUCCUCCUCAGCCACCUGAGCUUGGUGCUCAAGAGGGCCUUCCAGAAGGAUAAGCAGAAGCGGGCACGCCUGGAGAGAGACCUGCCAGAGGCCCUGGACCAGAAGAUGGUCACCUGGGAGGCUGUUCAGAAGGAGAACUUCCUGAGCAAGCUGGAGAAGCAGAGGAAGGACAGCGAGCAGGAGGUGCUGAGGAAAACCGCCCACAGGGUGGACUUCGUUGCCAAGUACCUCGGGGGGCUGCGAGAGCAAGAGAAGCGGAUCAAGUGUCUGGAAUCGCAGAUGAACUACUGCACAGUGCUCCUGUCGUCCAUGGCCAACACGCUGGCCCAGGGCAGCACCUCCUGGACCUCUCUGAACUUCGGCAGUGGGAACCAGCAGCCCUCUGCUGACCAUGGAAGGGGCCCGGGCAGCAGGGAGCACCCGGAGGCUGGCUGGCCACCCUCAGACACCUGAGCCACUUGGACUGUCCACGCAAGGGGCCCAUUCUCCCAGUCUCAGGCCUCAGCGUGGGCAGGCAAGGGCCUGGACCUGAGCUGGUCACCGUGGGCCCUGUGGACGUGCCAACCUUCCCCCAGCUCCGGUGGA